AUUUUUUUUUAAAGCAUCUAGGCUUGCAGUUUCUCCCUCCUCCACUAGAGAGCGCCACUGAGCCCCACACUAUACCAGCAGUCAGCGGAGCUUGAGCUCCUCCGCCGCAGCCGAGCAGUGCAGUCGAGCCGAGAGGAGAGUGUGGAAUGGGCCGCUGUCUCCAACCGCCAAUGAAGACACCCCUGCGGAUAACAUGUCUUCCCGUGUGAUUGUUUUCCAAAUAUAAGAUAGCGGAUUCGUCGGCAUCGUCGCUUACCUAUUUCCCCCCUGCCACACGCCUCCGAAAGGCUGAAUGGAAGCCGAGGGAGCGGUCGGGUUGUCGGAGGCCGGGGACGGGAGUCCUCUGUCCGGGGCCACAGCAUCCGAUGAUGCUGACACGGUGGUUGGCGUUAGCUACGGAAUGGACGCGGCAGACAUGGAUGCUGCAGCAAGGAAAGCCUUUAUCACUGAGAUGCCAUCCUCCUCAGGUCUUCCUGGCCAAGGAAAAAAGAUUGGCCACAGAGGGGUGGAUGCAUCUGGAGAAACCACUUACAAGAAGACAACAUCCUCUGCACUGAAAGGAGCCAUCCAACUGGGCAUCGGCUACACUGUGGGAAACCUGAGCUCCAAGCCGGAGAGAGAUGUUUUGAUGCAGGACUUCUACGUGGUGGAAAGCAUAUUUUUUCCCAGUGAAGGGAGCAACCUCACCCCAGCCCACCACUUCCCGGACUUCCGCUUUAAAACGUAUGCUCCUGUGGCCUUCCGCUACUUCAGAGAGCUGUUUGGCAUCAGACCAGAUGACUACCUGUACUCCCUGUGUAAUGAGCCACUUAUUGAGCUGUCCAAUCCCGGAGCGAGCGGUUCAGUCUUCUAUCUCACAAAGGACGACGAGUUCAUCAUCAAGACGGUCAUGCACAAGGAGGCGGAAUUCUUACAGAAGUUGCUGCCGGGCUACUACAUGAACUUGAAUCAGAACCCCCGUACUUUGCUGCCCAAGUUUUUCGGCCUCUACUGCGUCCAGUCUGGCGGCAAGAACAUCCGCGUGGUGGUGAUGAACAACGUCCUGCCUCGCGUUGUGCGCAUGCACCUCAAAUACGACCUGAAAGGUUCCACCUACAAGAGGCGGGCAUCCAAGAAGGAAAGAGAGAAGGCACGGCCCACAUUUAAAGAUCUUGACUUCAUGCAAGACUUGCAGGAUGGAUUGAUGCUGGACCAGGACACGUACAACGCGCUGGUCAAGACCCUGCAAAGAGACUGCCUGGUGCUGGAAAGCUUUAAGAUCAUGGACUACAGCCUCUUGCUGGGAGUUCACAACAUGGACCAGGCAGAGAGGGAAAGGCAGACGGAAGGCUCCCAAGGCGGCAGCGAUGAGAAAAGGCCCAUGGCCCAGCAGAAGGCCUUGUACUCUACGGCCAUGGAGUCCAUCCAGGGAGGGGCCGCAUGCGGGGAGUCCAUUGACACUGAAGAUACGAUGGGCGGGAUCCCUGCUGUCAAUGGAAAAGGAGAAAGACUUCUUCUCUACAUUGGCAUCAUUGACAUCUUACAAUCCUACAGAUUAAUCAAGAAAUUGGAACACACAUGGAAAGCUUUGGUGCAUGAUGGGGAUACUGUCUCAGUCCAUCGGCCUGGUUUCUAUGCUGACAGAUUCUUCAAGUUCAUGAGCAGCACCGUAUUCAGGAAGACCUCCUCUCUGAAAUCAUCUCCAUCCAAGAAGGGUCGUGUGUCGCUGACAGUUCCAAAGUGUGGUGGCCCUGGUGCGGCUUGGUCUGUCAGCCAGCUUCCAUCGGAGAGAGACGAGAAUAUCUACGACCUGAGAGGCGCUCGCAGCUUCCCAACGCUGGAAGAUGAAGGGCGACACGAUCUGCCUUGUACACCUCCGUCGUUUGAAGAGGCUACCACGGCAUCCAUUGCCACCACCCUGUCCUCCACCACCUCACUGUCUAUCCCUGAAAGAUCUCCCUGCGACACAGUCGAGCGCCCCCGCUACAGGAGGCACACCCAGUCUCUCAGCCAUGAUGUAAGGACCCAGGAGGAGCUUCGUGUGCGCGAAGAGGACCAGCAGACUAUCACAGUGGAGGUGGAGUUAAAGAGACGUGACAGUGAGCCCACCUUUUCCAUCCCACAAGCUUCAUCUGAACACAGUGAGGCUCAAGAAGACGAGGCUGCUGCAGCACCUGCCGUUACUUCUCCAGUCUUUGAGGCGUCGCCCACUCCUCCAUCCAAGGCAGCCGUAGAAGCUCCAUCCAGUCCCAAAUUGGAAGCAGCGGCGGUGGCGACCGCAGUGGUGGUAGUGGAAGCCGACAGGUCCCGCCACAUGUCAGGCUCAGGGUGCACCAGCCAGGCUUCGGUGGAUGACGACGAAGACGCGCCGGUCACCGACAUCUACUUUCCUCCAGAGGACAGGACCUGGGUGUACUCUCCGCUACACUAUGGCUCAGAGUCUAAGGCCCUGCCAGAUGGAGAUUGGGAAAGAGAGACAUAAACCCUGUUCUGUGACUGAAAGGCGUGAAGAUCUCAGCAGUGAGGGGUUAUCCACCUGAAGUCUAAACCUCCUCAAUGGUAGCAGCGGAUUUCUUUUUGUCUCAAGAGAUUUGAAACCCAAACUAAGAGGCAAAGUGACUGGAAUACCAGAAAAGGGUAGGCGAGGAGGGACGUGAGGAAAAACUGCAGUCCUUGCCAUAUGGUACUUGUGUUUACGUGUGACAUAGUACAAGUGACGUUGUAUGUGAUAUGUUUGGCGUGACACACCACACUAACCUUUGUUGUCUUGCACAUGAACUCAAUUUAACAAACCCAUCUUUUUCGUCCCUUGUGCAUCUAUGUGGCAGCCAUAUUGGAGUAGUGUGGCUUUCCAGAGUAAUGUAAUAGUAGUGGUGGCUCGGGAGGUUCAGUGGCCGCAGGGAUCCCGGUUCGAAUUCCUUUCACUGCCGUUGUGUCCUGGGCAAGACACUUCACCCACUUCUCCCACACAUGGAAGCUUCAAGAUGCUGAUGCAUGACCCGGAUCUGGUCCACAGGCGCCCACUGCUCCUCAAGAAGAUGGGUCGGAUGGAGAGACACCUUUUUCUGUGCAUUGUAUAUGCGAUCAAGUCCAAUUCAUAUCAGUGGUACUGUAUUUGCACACAACCUGUACCUCUCCAAUAUGGCAGCCGCAUGCACGUGCAUACAUUGCCAAAGGGCAUGGGGAAGUCAUGGCCACGCCAAUCAAGUCACCUAACAUUUCCAGAACUAGUUGUUAAGGACAUAAAUCCUUAUAUUUCUUUCAUUUCAACUGUUUUGUAGUCAUUUUAAUUUGACAGUUAUUAUAUACAAUUAUACAGUGAACUGAUAUUUAUUUCUUCAAAAUGUUCUGGUACUUUUUUUUUCCUUACCUUUUUGUAUCUUUUUAUCCAAAGAACCUUGAUUAUUUUUAAAGGCACCUGUGAGGGAUGAACCAGACUCAUGAAAAUUCCAUAUUUUCUCAAAUCGUGGCCCUAACAAAUAAUAAUAAUAAUAAUAAGCGCAUCUCCUCUAAAAGUUGAGCUUUUUUCAAGUGAAAAAAGGUUGACACACAGUUAUCAGACUUUAAAAAGUUGACUGCUGAAGCCACGGAAUAAUGUUGCUAACCAAAACAGCAGCACCUAAACGGUAUCUCCGAUAAAGUCUCAAGACUAACUGCGUGUUGUCGUUCCCUGCGCACCUCCAAUUAGUGUUCUAGUACAGUGGUUCUCAACCUUUUUUCAGUGAUGGACCCCCUGUGAACAUGUUUUUAAUUCAAGUACCCCCUAAUCAGAGCAAAGCAUUUUUGGUUGAAAAAAAGAGAUAAAGAAGUAAAAUACAGCACUAUGUCAUCAGUUUCUAAUAUAUUAAAUUGUCUAACAGUGCAAAAUAUUGCUCAUUUGUAGUGGUCUUUCUUGAACUAUUUGGAAAAAAGAUAUGAAAAUAACUAAAAACUUGUUGAAAAAUAAACAAGUGAUUCAAUUAUAAAUAAAGAUUUGUACACAUAGAAGUAAUCAUCAACUUAAAGUGCCCUCUUUGGGGAUUAUAAUAGAGAUCCAUCUGGAUUUAUGAACUUAAUUCUAAACAUUUAUUUUGUUGAAGUAUUAUUCAAUAAAUAUAUUUAAAAAGGAUUUUUGAAUUGUUGCUAUUUUUAGAAUAUUUAAAAAAAAUCUCACGUACCCCUUGGCAUACCUUCAAGUUCCCCCAGGGGUACGUGUACCCCCAUUUGAGAACCACUGUUCUAGUAGAUUGAAAGGUGGUCGCUCCACAAUGUGGUGUCCAUAUUUAUUUCUAUUUUGUGACGAAUAUCUAACAUUCGCAAAAAUAAGACAAUUUGAGUGAAUAACCAUUUUUUUACCGUUUUAUAAAAAGGCAUUUGUCCAAAUGCCUUACCUCUAAUAGACUCCUAGUAAUAUCUGCAGGUGAGUCACUAAAUGCCACCGGCCACUAUUUGUACAAAAUAUUGUAAAAGUGAAGUUGUUUAAAAGUAUUAUAUAAAAAAAACUGCCCUGACAAUUACCCAGUCCUCUCUGCAGUUAUGUAAAUAAACCACUAUGGCUUCUAUAUGAGAAAAUAUGCUAAUACCUGUCCCAUUAUAGUCUUCCAGCCUGACUCCUUUUUUGGUCAAUCGCCCACACAUCACUAUGGAGUUUUUCCAUCCACUUUUAAUGGAAGGUAAGCUAAUCAAGCUGAUGUUUCUACCAUGCAGUUGCAUCAGGUAGAUCUCUCUCUGUAGUAGUAUUUGCAGUCCAAAAUAGUCUAGAUGUCUACAGUUAGCUGUUAGCUUCAUAGUAUAUGAAUGAACAAGGAAAAAACGCAGUAGUUUUGAAAAAGGAUUGAUUGUUGUUCGACUAACCGUAAUGAAUAGGACCUGAAGUUGGUGGCCAAAAAGAACAUGCAUCGUAUGAGACGUGUGUUGGAUAAAUAGUGCACAAAUAAUUAGACAUUUGUUUUUAAGAUGUGUCUCUAGGUGAAGUCAAUCAACGACUAUUUGCAUACUUUAAACCUCUUCAUCAUUUUUUUUUUCUUGACAGUGGAACCUCCCAAGUCAAACAGCAUAAAAGUUGUGGCGUUCUACCAAAAUUGUGUGACAAUAACCAGAGAAGCAGAUGGAAAACGGUGGGUGAUCUUAUAUAUGGGGGUCUAGAGGUUUAUAAAUAGAUUACUACUAGUCCUUUAUUUUUGUCGCAAAUUAUAGUUUUCCAAGAAGGAUUCUUGAACAGGGUGCUAAUGUACAAACCCUGUUUCCAUAGGAGUUGGGAAAUUGUUCACCACUGUGUUACAUGGCCUUUCCUUUUAACAACACUCAGUAAACGAUUGGGAACUGAGGAGACACAUUUUUUAAGCUUCUCAGGUGGAAUUCUUUCCCAUUCUUGCUUGAUGUACAGCUUGAGUUGUUCAACAGUCCGGGGGUCUCCGUUGUGGUAUUUUAGGCUUCAUAAUGCGCCACACAUUUUCAAUGGGAGACAGGUCUGGACUACAGGCAGGUCAGUCUAGUACCCGCACUCUUUUACUAUGAAGCCACGUUGAUUCAACACGUGGCUUGGCAUUGUCUUGCUGAAAUAAGCAGGGGCGUCCAUGGUAACAUUGCUUGGAUGGCAACAUAUGUUGCUCCAAAACCUGUAUGUACCUUUCAGUAUUAAUGGCGCCUUCACAGAUGUGUAAGUUACCCAUGUCUUGGGCAUUAAUACACCCCCAUACCAUCACAGAUGCUGGCUUUUCAACUUUGCACCUAUAACAAUCCGGAUUGUUCUUUUCCUCUUUGGUCCGGAGGACACGACGUCCACAGUUUCCAAAAACAUUCUGAAAUGUGGACUCGUCAGACCACAGAACACUUUUCCACUUUGUAUCAGUCCAUCUUAGAUGAGCUCAGGCCCAGCGAAGCCGACGGCGUUUCUGGGUGUUGUUGAUAAACUGUUUUCGCCUUGCAUAGGAGAGUUUUAACUUGCACUUACAGAUGUAGCGACCAACUGUAGUUACUGACAGUGGGUUUCUGAAGUGUUCCUGAGCCCAUGUGGUGAUAUCCUUUACACACUGAUGUUGCUUGUUGAUGCAGUACAGCCUGAGGGAUCGAAGGUCACAGGCUUAGCUGCUUACGUGCAGUGAUUUCUUCAGAUUCUCUGAACCCUUUGAUGAUAUUAUGGACCGUAGAUGGUGAAAUCCCUAAAUUCCUUGCAAUAGCUGGUUGAAAAAGUUUUUUCUUAAACUGUUCAACAAUUUGCUCACGCAUUUGUUGACAAAGUGGUGACCCUCGCCCCAUCCUUGUUUGUGAAUGACUGAGCAUUUCAUAGAAUCUACUUUUAUACCCAAUCAUGGCACCCACCUGUUCCCAAUUUGCCUGUUCACCUGUGGGAUGUUCCAAAUAAGUGUUUGAUGAGCAUUCCUCAACUUUAUCAGUAUUUAUUGCCACCUUUCCCAACUUCUUUGUCACGUGUUGCUGGCAUCAAAUUCUAAAGUUAAUUAUUAUUUGCAAAAAAAAAAAAGUAUCAGUUUGAACAUCAAAUAUGUUGUCUUUGUAGCAUAUUCAACUGAAUAUGGGUUGAAAAUUAUUUGUAAAUCAUUGUAUUCCGUUUAUAUUUACAUCUAACACAAUUUCCCAACUCAUAUGGAAACAGGGUUUGUAUCUUCCAUUCAGGGUUGUCUUAGGGCAGUGGUUCUUAACCUUGUUGGAGUUACCGAACCCCACCAGUUUCAUAUGCGCAUUCACCGAAUCCUUCUUUAGUGAAAAAUAAAAUGUUUUUUGUCAAAUUCAAGACAAAGUUAUAUGUUUUUGGUAACACUUUAGUAUGGGGAACAUUUUCUAAGUAACAAAGACUUAAUUUAGAGUUAUUUGGUUAGGGCCAAGGUUAGAGGGUUAGGGUUAUAACAAGGCAUUAAUAAAUACUUAAUGACUAGUUAAGAGCUAAUAUGUUACUAAUUUGCAUGUUAAUAAGCAACUAAUUAAUGGUGAAUAUGUUCCCCAUACUAAAGUGUUACCAUGUUUUUUUACUGGUGCACAAAAUGAACCGUGCAUGAACAUCACCUUGUUCAAAGAACAAAACCAACACAGUGCAUAAACUCACAACAAAUUACACACCUGCAAAUCAGUCAGCUGUUGCCGUAUCCGUAAUACGCCGAUAGGGAGAAGUUUUUAUUUACACGAUGAGUCGGGUGUGUUUUGACCUCCGCCAAACCCCUGAGGCCGACUCACCGAACCCCUAGGGUUCGAUCGAACCCAGGUUAAGAACCACUGUCUUAGGGUCAAUGCAUCCAUUAGUUGCAUCCACAAAAUAACAUUACAAAACACAUGCUAGUGGAAAUAACUUUUAGCUAAACAGAUAAUGCCAACUAACACCUUUUACUGGUUAUGGUCUCCAAAAGAUACAUUUUACUAUAUUGUAGUUUAAACUAUACAGUCAUAAUUCAAUUAUAUGACAGUUAGGAAUGUUACAAUGUUGCUUUAAACAUUGUCUCCACAAUUAGUGAAAGUGUUAUAGUUGCCACAGUUAGAUCUUGGAACAGAUUAUUAACAUUCUGACUUGUGUGACUUGGGAGGUUCCAGUGUAUUUCCAUCGACUCUCACAAAUGGUGCACUCGGUUCGAAGAGUACGUUUUAUCUGUAACAGAGGCCAGUUUGUUGCUCCUGGUGUGUAAUCAAUCUGCUGUCAUCAGAUGGAGAACAUAGCAAUAUUUCUUUCAUUUUAUUUGAUUUCAAUUGCCUUAUUAUGGAAGAAAAUGUAAAUAUAGUACCAUUGUUUAUUCAUAUAUUGUCUUUUUUUUCACCUAUGCAGUCGUAUUUAUUUUUAUUUCUCAUAGUUGUGCUCCUGGGAAUGUGUACAUACAAAUUAUAAAUACAUAUAUAAAGAUAUAAAAAUAUAUAUUUUCCAUUGAAAUUGGAGAAUAUUAUUUUUGUUUGGUUUUAUUUUUGCUGCUCGAUUAGAGAUAAUUUACGGAGUCAUAUUUGCCAGUGUGUUUACUGAGAAGCAGCAUUUAAAGUGUGUGACCACGUCACGGCUGUUUGUUUGUGAAACGAACCAAAAAGAUGUGUUGGUUUUACUGUACAUGCAAACCAGUAGGGAUUCUUCCAAAGUGUUCAAGCUGUGUUGUGUGUGUUUAGUGUGUGUUUUCAAUUCGCCGUGUGCUCCCCUCUUCCAAUAGGAAGAGCCCUUUACAGAGACAUAGCAUGGUUUCAAAAUGAAUAAUGCAGAUCACAAAUGUGUAUUUAUGUAUAUCUGUGUAUAUUCAUCUAUUUAUACCAGAGGAUAAAUAGAUGACUGUAAGUGUGUGUGUGUGUGUGCGUGUGUGUGUACGUGUGUAUGUUUGGACUCAAUCAGAAUGAAUAGAAAAUAAAGCAGUUCUAUGAAUUGUCCAACGCA